AUGUCUAUGGCAGGUCUGUUGGUGCCACUGGUUUGCGGUUUGUGUGCUGGCCUUCUGUUCCUCUUGCUCAUUGGUCUGUGGGCUUACUUCCUGUGGAGGAGGAAGCAGAAUCAGAUGCCCUAUCGGGAACUCAUCUCCACAACGGUAGCUAUCCCAUCAUGCACCGUUCCUGUCCUCCAGACCUCACAGCCCAGCACCUAUGGGUACGUUUUGGGCGAGGUUCCUUUCUUCGUGCCGCCGAGGUUCCAAAGUAAGCCCUACCCUAGUCCAGGAGGCAGAGAGAGUGAGGAAGAGGAGGAUGAGGAAGAAUACCCGGACCUCCACGAUCACCGCGGUUCUCUGACAGCAGGAAGUUGGUUUCCUCUGGGCUCCGUGAGGCCAGACCUGUACCAGGUCCCCGAGGCGCCCAGCGAGUGGUGUCUCCCCUCUGGCUCAGCCGUGCGUCUGUGGUUCGCCGUGGCGUAUCAGCAGGAGCGAGAGCAGCUGCUCGUCUGUCUGCUUCGUGCUGCCAACCUGCCCCGCCAGUGCAAGACCAACACCAUCCUCGUCAAACUGCAGCUGCUGCCCGAGGACCGGAGACACAGACAGGCCAAAGCCAGACGCAAGGGAAGCCAGCCGCAGUUCAACGACUGCUUCGUCUUCCAGGUGUCUAAACUCUGUGUGGACCAGUGUACUCUGAGGAUGAGCAUGUACAGCGUGGACCGGCAGAGGAAGCAUCAGCUGAUUGGUCGAGUGCUCUUUCCGCUCCGAGCGACGGAGCUGGCUGAGGUGGCAAGCAGGGUUGUCUGGAGGGACCUGGAGAGCGAGGACACUCAGCCCUGUUCUAAGCACGGGGACCUCCAGAUCUCUCUGAACUACAGGCAGUCUCUACAGCGCCUCACUGUGGUCGUACUCAGAGCACACGGGCUGCAGUGUCCCAGUGAUGCUGGUGUUUGUGUCCAGGUGUCUCUGCAGAUACACACACAGGUAGUGAAGAGGAAGUGGACAUGUGUGGCUAAGGGGUCUGAGCCCACAUUUAAUGAGAAACUGACGUUCAAACUUCCUCCCCUGCUUCUGGAUGAAGCCUGUCUCAUACUGGAGCUGCAGCAGCCAAUCGCAGAAGAGCCAGUGUCUCUGGGACUGGUGGUUAUUGGAGCGUUCAUGUAUGCCAGAGGCCAGGAGCUGGAGCACUGGAAUGAGAUGAUCAGUAAACCAGAAGAACUGGUCAAACAGUGGCAUGGACUGAGUCCUGCCAACAUCAGCCAGAGCCCAACCUGA